AUGAAGGUCUGUCUCACUCUGAUCUGCCUCCUCUUCCUCACAGCUCUAAAGAAUGGAGACGCUGCAGAAACUCAUGCAAGAAUGGAAGGAGAAAACAUCAUAGUUGAAUGUAAAUUUAAUUUCUCUGAAAACCCGAUCUUCUUCUGUAAGGAAAACUGUGAAGGAGAAAAUAUUCUGAUUGAAACAUCAGAAGACAUCGCUCAGAAAGGCAGAUACCAGACUAUCUAUGAAUCAUAUUAUACUUCACCUGUUCUCUAUGUGAGCAUCUUGGAGCUGAAACCAUCUGAUUCAGGACGAUACCGAUGUGGUUUGGGUAAAGACCGAUCUCUAGAUCAUGAAUUUCAUCUGGAUGUGACUGAAGCUACAACUUCAUCUUCCUCCUCCUCUUCCUCUACAACCAUCCAACAGACCACAACAUUAUCUGAACCCAUUGCUACAACUUCAUCUUCUUCCUCCUCUUCCUCUACAACCAUCCAACCGACCACAACAUUAUCUGAACCCAUUGGUGAAACAAAUGUGCUGCUUUAUGUGGGUCUGAGUCUGCCCGUCCUGAUCGUCUUGUUAGCGACGGCUCUGCUGAUUUACUGCCAGAGGAAACGCUUCCAUCAACAGAAAGGUUUGCAGCUUUAUGUGAUUCUGACUCUGAUCGCCAAGAUCGUCUUGUUAUCAACGCCUUUGGUGAUUUUCUGCUGGAACAGUAGGGCCAUGAAUAGCAAAGGUUUGCAGCUUUAUGUGUUUCUGUCUCUGGUCGUCAAGAUCGUCUUGUUAUCAACACCUUUGGUUAUUUUCCACUGGAAGUGGAGAAACGUCUUGAUCAAUAAAGAUUGUGCUGAUGAAACUGAGUAUGAUGACGUCUGUCAGAUCAAUCCAGAACGGGAGGAAAUCAAAGAGGACAGACAGAACAAUUCAUCUGCUGAGGAAAUAUCUUCAAUUUACUGCUGAACUAAACUCUCUGAAACAAUCAGAGGAGAGAUGAGCGCUUUACGUUUCAUGUUUUCACAAGAAAACUUUUCUAUUUGUCUAAAACUUGGUCAAAAUAUGUUCAUGCAUUGAAUGUUACAGAAGAUGUUUAACCAAUAACUAUAUUAUAUGAGACUCUGCAGAAAUAUAUUUCAGACUUUGGCUAAAUAAACUGUCAUGUCUUUAAAUUGUAACUAACUCACUCCUUGACAAAUUUAGAAAAAUUGCUGUCCUUUAAUUCAACAAAACCUCAUGUGUGAGUUUAUGUUUUAUUUUUAUUUUUAUUUUAUCACGCUGUUGUGACACAUUGGACUGAUUUCUUAAAGAAGUAAAACCUACAAACAUGUAAAUUGGAUCAUUUUUAGAACUUGGUAUGCAAACAUAUUUUACCUGUUUCUAAAACCUGAACCUGAGUAUAGAAAACAUCCCUGUUAUAAAACCUUAAUUAUAAUAAAACGCAGAAAACUC